AUGCAGCGGCCGGCGGCGGCACUAGUGCGCGGUUUGUUUACGGCGGGGCGCAGUCCGCGCCGCGCAGAGCAGCCGCCCGUGCUGCUGCGCGCACCCUAUAUUCAGUUCACGGCCGCUCUAUUACCGGGCGGCUAUUUCGGCGCGAGCGGGCGGCAGGUGCGCGCGCGCCGGCAUGCGCGCCUGACGGCCAUGGAGCGCCGCCGCCGCCCCAGCAGCGAGCCCAUGGCCAAGGCGGUGCGACGCCGCGACCGCCCGCGCGAGCGAUGGCUGCUCACGCGCAAGACGUGGAAGUACAUGUCGGACGCCGGCCGCCGGCUGGUGCCCGACGGCGCGCAGAACCGCGCCGAGGACGUGCCCCGCAUCGAGGCCUACUUCCAGGAGGUGUGCGCCCGCGAGCCCCGCUUCCUGCUGUGGCGCAAGAGCUCGUACCCGAGCGCGUUGCCGCGUCCCAGGCGAAAGAAGAGGCCAAGGGGGGGCUCCGUGCGCGCACGCUCGCCCCCGGACGAGGCGCCGCCGCGCCCCACCGAGCUGCUGAUAGGGCACACCUCAGGCGGACGCUUCGAUCUUGCAAAGUUGCGCAGAGACUUCUUCGCGACGCCGCCCCCGACGCCCGCGGCCACCGCGUUCUCGCUAGCGAGCAAAGCGCCCGGCGAUGACGACGAGGGCGCUCUAGUCGAUUUGCUGAGAAAGUACCUGAAAGUGGAGGAUGACAAGAUCGCGCCGAGGAUCACGGACGCUGAGGAGUUAGUGUUAGCGAUUAGGCGGUACCUGAAGCGGCAGACAGAGCGCUCUCCCGCCGACUCCGACUCGGACCCCGCGCGGAGGGCGCUCCUCGACACCCUCGGGAAGUAUUACACGCACGCGCCGAACAGGGACAAUUCAGUGCAGGACUUGUUGAGCGAUAGGAGUUUGUUGAAAAGACUCUAUCAGGACUUGCGUAAGACUAAGCCGUACCGCGGCGGCAGGAGUGGCGGCACCGGCGGCGCGGGCGGUUUUGGUGCGGGUGGUUACAGUGGCGUCGGCAAUGCCCGCAGCGCGGCGCGCAGCCGGGUCCUCAGCGGUGUUCGUAUUUACGAUGGCGAGGAUGGCUUCCGCUCGCCGCCGAUGUCGCCGCCGCCCCUCAUCGAAGUCAUCUCCGAGUCGCUGGAGGACAAGUUCUGCGACCGCGGCACGCAGACCGUCCCCAUCCCGGAGGAAGUGUUAUGCGAGCUGGAGCGGGCUUAUCGUGAGAAGCUGGAAGCGGCGACGGCGCCGACCAGCCCGACGAGCCCGCCGCCCGAGAGGAAGCCGGCUCGGCGCCGCUCCAGCGUCGACCACGACGACGUCUCGCAGUCUGUCAGCGACACUAUCAAGCGUUACCUGAGGAUGGCGCGCAAGAAGAGCGUGGACUCGGAGAAGGUGGACCGCUUCAAGCGGAUCAACUACGACAAGAACCUGCGCAACAUAAAGCCUCGCGUGCCGGGCGAGGUGGACGACGACGGCCCGCACAAGGGCUGUCAGACGGAGGAGGGGUGGAUCCUAACGUACCGGGACUUGCAUUUCGCGUCAGUGGCCUCAACGCCAACCUCGCCCCCGUCUCCUACGCAGUCGCACUCGUUUCUGUCAGCCCUGCUGGGCCGCGGUGUGACAACAGCUCCCCCCGCAGGUGGCAUGCAGAAGUCGCGCUCUUCCAGCAGCGUGGUGCAGAGUGUUAGCAAGCGGCUGUGGCGCACGCGCAGCCGCUCCUCCAGCCGCGUCUCCGCCACGUGGACGCCUCAGGGCAGCUGUUGCUGGGCAGACGGCAGCGGGCGGUGCGUUCGCCUGGCGGACACCUCCCUGCUGACCCUCAGCGAGGUGGAGAGGCGAGCGCUGCAGCAGGCCGCCUUGGCUCGUCUGCAGCAGAUCAACCUCGGCACCGCCAUCAAGAUACCUGAAGAGAACUCAGCGGCGACGGUCGCUACGAAACCCAAAAGAAGAGCCUACCUCUUGAAGAGGAAGGCACUGACCACGGGCUUCUUCGAUCAGAGCAGGACUAAAGAUGGUGAUAAGGAUAAAGAGCCAGCCGGCAGCGUGUUCGGAGUGCCGCUGGCGCAAUGCGUCGAGAUGGAGAGGGCUCUUCGGCGGCAGCAGCACGGUGGUUCCAGGGCCUCUCUGGCCUCUCUCGGCGCUCUGGAGAAAGGGGACGACAGUGAGUCCUGCGAUUCCGGCGAGUGGGGCUGGUCGGGCCUGGACGAGGCUGGCGGUGGAGGGCCGAAGGUCCCCGGUCUGGUCUCCGCGUGCCUCGCCCACCUGCGGCGGCACGGGUUGCGCACGCUCGGCCUGUUCAGGGUGUCUGCAUCGAAGAAGAGAGUGCGACAGCUUCGCGAGGAAUGGGAGCGAGCUCAGGAUGCGGCAUUGGACUCCGCGGUGUGUCCCCACGACGUAGCAACCCUACUUAAGGAGUUCCUCCGGGAUCUACCCGACCCGCUGCUCUGCAGAGACUUGUAUCCUGCGUUUUUACAGACUCAAAAAAUCCGCAACCGCCGGCUCCAGUGGGAGGCGAUGCGGCUGAUAGUGCAGCUGUUGCCGGCGGCGCACCGCGACACCCUAAACGCUCUGCUCACGUUCCUCGCCCAGUUAGCUUCGCACGCGGAAGACGACGCGGAGCCCGGAAACAAGAUGGACGCCGCCAACCUGGCGACGAUCUUCGCACCGAACAUCCUCCACCGGAACAAGCCCAACGAGGCUGCCAGUGCUGAGCAGCUAUCCGAAAGGGCGGACGUAAUCAACGUGGUGAGGCAGUUGGUGGAGCGGCAGGCGGAGCUGUGGACCCUGCCAGCGGAGCUCCUUCACGAGGCGUACAUCCACCUGGCGCACAGCGCACCGGCCAUCUUGGACUCGCUCCUGCUGCGGCGCGCCGAGUGCGCGGCAGAGAGCGUGGCGAGUAGUGCGGGGGGCGUGGGUGGUGCGGGGGGCGUGGGGAAUGCGGGCGGCGCGGCGGUACCGGGGGCCGCGGAGGGUGCCACGCGGCGCGUUUGGUCCCGGGAGCAGUUCCUGCAUGGUGCCGCCGCCACUGCCGCGCCCGCCAGCACUUACACAGCCACGCAUGCAGUCAGCGAGAAGUCAUAUUCGCGGAGCCGGAGAUCUAGAGAUGCGGCGUCGGACACGUCAUCGGGAUCCUUGUCUUCGGCUAUGACGAUCAUCACCAGAGUGCGUAGCAGCGACGAGUGCGUAACCAGCGGGGUGGUGUGUUCGCCGUCCGCACCGCGGGCCGACUCAGCGCCCGACUCCAACGACUCCGCCAGCGACUACAACGAGACGGGCGUCGCCUCGGAGGACGAGUGCGUGAUAACCGCCUCGCUGCACAUCCCGGUGGCCCGCGCGCGGCGCCGCUCCGCCUCCGGGUCGUCGUCGUCGGCGAAGCGCGACUCGGCCGUCGGCUCGUCGUCCGCCUCCGCGACGGCCUCCGGCGCCUCCUCGCCGCCCGCCUCGCCGCCCCCCAAGGGCGACAUCGACCGCCUCGGCGUGCUCGCACGGGGCGACAUCGACCGCCUCGGCGUGCUCGCACGGGAGCGCAACACGUCAGACGCUCGCGCCGUGGUACUGAGGCAACGUGACGCCACGAGCCGCAGCCGGCAGGCCGCCACCGCUGCCACUGCCACUGCCACUGCCACUGCCACAACUACCGCCACAGCCACACUAUACAAGCGCAACGAGCUGAUUUCGAGCGCGCGAACGCCGCCCGCG